UCGCGCGGUGUGUGUUAUGCUAUCAACGGCCGCGUGGUCGCCGGUCGCCGGGUUUGGUGGUGUAGCGCAGCGUUUUGCGCCGUCGUUUCGGUGUCUCCUCGGUGUGCAGUUCGCAACGGUAACAAACGAUAGUGACCGCGGUGGUGGUGGUAGUAAUAAUAGAAGUGUGAAGAUGGAACCGGCAAAGGCGAAACCGCCGAUCGUUGUCAUCCUCGGCUCAACCGGUACCGGCAAGACGAAGCUGUCGCUCGAGCUGGCCACCCGAUACGGGGGCGAGAUUGUCAGCGCUGACUCGAUGCAGGUUUACAAAGGAUUGGACAUUGUGACGGCCAAGGCGACCAAGGCGGAGCAGGCGAUCGCGAAGCACCAUCUACUGGAUGUGGUGACACCGGACCGGGCUUUCACCGUCACCCACUUUCGCGAGCAAGCCCUACCGAUCAUUGACUCACUGCUGAGCGCCGGUAGGAUGCCGAUCGUGGUCGGCGGUACGAACUACUACAUCGAGAGUCUGCUCUGGCAGGUGCUGAUCGGUGACGGUGUACGGCGAGAGCAUAUCCGGCGCCGGAGUGCCGACGACGACGACGCCGCCGCCGACGAGGGGCCAACGAAGCGCCCGAAAUCUGGUGAUGUUGGUGAUGACCAGCGCCCGAAGCCGCCGGAGGAGGAGGAGCAACAGGUGAGCGGUGCGCUGGUGGACCGGUGCCGGGCAGGAACACUAUCGGUGGACGAGCUCGAAUCGUACGAGGGCCCGGCCCUGCACAAGCUACUGGCAACCGUCGAUCGACCGUCGGCCAACCGGCUCCAUCCCAACAACAAGCGCAAGAUCAUCCGAGCACUGGAAGUCUACUUGGACUCUGGCGGUACGCAGACGAUGGAUCAGGUGCUUACUGCGCAACGGGCAGUCCCGGGAGCAUCUAGUUUGGGAGGACCACUGCGCUACGGGAACGUUGUGAUCCUAUGGCUACGCUGCGAGCAGGAUGCACUUAACAAACGUUUGGACGGGCGUGUUGAUAGCAUGGUAGCUCAGGGUUUGUUACCGGAAAUCCGUGCAUUCUAUGAGCAGCAUGUGAAACCAUACAAAAACCAUGAUUACCACCAAGGAAUUCUGCAAAGUAUCGGAUUCAAGGAGUUUGUAAAGUACCUGGAGCGUUACGAUGCCGAACAGGAUCAGCUGCUGCUGCAGCAUCUUACUGCAACGACCGAUAGCGCGGAGCAGCCUGAUGGUCUGGCAGCACUUGGCGUCUGCUUGGACUACCUGAAGCUUGUAACUCGCCGGUACGCUCGCCGGCAGCAACAGUGGAUCAAGAACCGCUUCCUGGGAACGCUGGAUCGAGACGUGCCACCGAUCUAUGCACUCGACACCACCGAUGUAACCUGCUGGAAUGCCCAGGUGACGGACAGGGCUGUGGCGAUUAUCGAUGCAGUGCUGGGCGAUCGUAUGCCACCGCAGGAACCGGUGGCCAGGAGUGCUAACACAGCGUCGGCACGCUUGUCAAAGGAAGGGUUCUUCGAGUGUGCGGUCUGUCGGCGUGUCAUCAUCGGGGAGUACCAGUGGCAGCUGCAUCUUCGCUCAAACAAGCACCGAAAGGUGGCGAAACGGAACGCUGCUGCUACUGUUGGGGGUGAUGCGAAGAAACCAGUGGCCAGUGUAGUUGAUGCAGCUCCCGACACGUGAUGUGGUGGCAGUUGUGCAGUUAUCAUCUCCAAUAUAGCUACUGCACUAUGCCGACACACUAGCCUAGACGUAAAUGCUUCAAUAAAGGCGAACCAGCUCCGCUGAGGCAUCGUCCUUAAUUCUUCCUACUACUCGGUUAACCAUACGUGUUUAUUCAUAUAGAGAUAUCCUUUGUACAAAGACAAACAGUGUGCUUGCACUAAAUACCAUUCAACAAUCAAGAGAUGCCGCCUAGAGACGCUCCUAUCGGGUCUGCCUACCAGCCGCUUUAACUAUAGAUUCUCUCUCUCUCUCUCUCUCUCUCUCUCUCUCUCUCUCUCUCUCGCGCGUGCGCUUUUUCAAUCACUUUCUAUCUGUUUGCCAGCGAUCAUCUGUUGGAAUUUGUUAGUUUAUUGUCAUUAGUUGCCUUACAAGUCGGUAGUCUUCACCAUACACAUACAGCCGCGUGUGUGCCACCUUAUAGGUCGCCAUUCUGCUGUCUCAUCCCCACCUGCGCAGCCGCAGCUGGUGCAGAGUCUGGCCGAUACGUAUUUUACGCUGCA